AAAAAAAAAACAAUGAACAAAACCCUAAACUCCAUUGCUUAACAAUGAUAAUGAAGAACUCUGCUGCGAUCUUCCUUACUUCUUCCCUUAUUCUUCUCCUUCAAACCCUCCACGGAGUUAAAGCCGGUUUCAUCUGCGUCGGAAGCUCCUUCCCCACCAACAGUAGCUACCAAAAAAACCGUGACUCUCUCUUCUCUACUCUUUCUGAUAAAGUCACCACAAACGGUGGAUUCUACAAUGCUUCACUCGAUGGAGUUCACGUUGUUGGCCUCUGUAGAAGAGACUACGAUCGGCAAGGUUGUAUCAACUGCGUAGAAGAAUCCAUUCGACAGAUUAAAACAAGUUGUUCUAAUCGUGUUCAGUCGUUCCAUUGCAAUAGUGACGAUAGAGAACGUGUUUCUUGUCUUGUACGUACCACGGAUCAAUCAACUUAUCGGAUACUCGAGCUUGGACCAGCUACGAAUGACCCGAGUCCUGUUGCUAUCGACACAUUCGCAAAGAACAUGACCCUUUUCCGCCAAGAAUGGGAAGCAAUGGUUGACCGGACGCUCGAGGCUGUAACCAUUGACAAUUCCACAACGGUUCUCAAGUAUUACGGUGCUCUCAAAUCAGAGUUCAGUGAGUUUCCAAAUGUAUAUAUGAUGAUGCAAUGCACACCCGACAUAAAUUCAGGCGCGUGCAAGAGAUGUUUGCAAGCGUCCGUUACAUAUUUUAGAGACCAGAAUUGGGGCAGACAAGGAGGCGGGAUUUGUCGACCGAGCUGUGUUUUCAGGUGGGAGUUUUAUCCCUUUUACGGCGCUUUUGCUAAUGUAACAAGAGUUCCAGCGCCUCCUCGAGCUUUGAUUCCUCGAACAGAAGCAAUCUCCAUCACUCGCUUGAAAGGAGGAAUUAUCGCAAUAUUUGUGGUUCCUAUCGUCAUUAAUCUUCUCGUCUUUAUCGGUCUGAUCAGAGCAUAUACUCGAAUAAGAAAAUCGUACAACGGAAUCAAUGAGGCGCAAUAUGAUUAUGGUGGUCAGUCUAAGCUACGGUUCGAUUUUCGCAUGAUCCUAACGGCAACCGAUGAUUUUUCCUUUGAAAAUAAGAUUGGCCAAGGUGGAUUUGGAUCUGUCUACAAGGGGAAAUUACCGGGAGGGGAAGAGAUAGCGGUAAAAAGAUUAACAAGAGGCUCAGGACAAGGAGAGAUAGAGUUUAGAAACGAGGUCUUACUCUUGACAAGACUCCAACAUAGGAAUCUAGUUAAGCUUCUUGGAUUUUGUAAUGAAGGCGAUGAAGAGAUUCUUGUUUACGAGUUUGUCCCCAAUUCAAGCCUCGACCACUUCAUAUUUGAUGAAGAGAAGCGUUUGCUUCUAACGUGGGACAUGAGAGCCAGAAUUAUAGAAGGCGUUGCGCGAGGUCUUGUUUAUUUACACGAAGAUUCUCAGCUGAGGAUAAUUCACCGAGACUUGAAAGCAAGCAAUAUCCUUUUAGAUGCAUAUAUGAACCCUAAAGUUGCAGACUUUGGGAUGGCGAGGUUGUUCAACAUGGACCAGACUCGAGCAGUGACAAGAAAAGUAGUUGGAACCUUUGGCUAUAUGGCUCCCGAGUACGUUAGGAACAGAACAUUUUCAGUCAAGACAGACGUUUACAGCUUCGGAGUCGUGCUUCUCGAGAUGAUAACCGGUCGAAGUAACAAGAACUAUUUCGAAGCCCUCGGGCUCCCUGCAUAUGCAUGGAAGUGUUGGGUUGCGGGCGAGGCAGCGAGUAUCAUCGAUCAUGUCCUCAGUAGGAGCCGAAGCAACGAAAUCAUGAGAUUCAUCCACAUUGGUUUGUUGUGUGUUCAAGAGAAUGUUUCAAAAAGACCAACCAUGAGUUUGGUUAUUCAAUGGCUUGGAAGUGAGACUAUCGCCAUUCCUUUACCUACAGUUGCUGGUUUUACGAAUGCAUCGUAUCAAGCUGAACAUGAAGCUGGUACAUUAUCACUAAAUGAGCUUUCAAUCACCGAGUUAAGUCCUCGUUGAAACCAAGAUCUCUCUGUCAACUCUUAUAUCCAAGUUUUAUUCACCUAAAUUUCACGAUAUAAACAUAUGCACAAUAAAUUAAGUUGUUAUUCACCUAAAUUUCAAUUUCUGACCAAGGAGAUGGAAGAUAUGAGAAGCAUAUGACAGUUUGGUUUGCAACAAGAUAAGGAGGGUAGUUACUACUAAAUAUUUUUCAGUGUAUGUAUUUUUAAAAACGUUAAACUUUCCGAUGCACUUGAUGUAAACACGUUUUUUCGAAUAAAUUUUACAUUCU